AAGUACUUUUAAAGCAUAAACUAAUAAAGUUAACCCCCUUACCCAUCCUGCUAACGUAUGUUAGGUACUAAAUUAUAGAAAUAAUAACUAUAGAAAAAAAAUUUGAAAAAAUAUUUGCAAGAUUCCAAUAGAACUCUACUUUCUGUCCGUUUUUCAGAAUCCCUACUACGAGACUAAAAAUACUCAACUAUGUUUUUAAAUACCGUAGCGAACGCCCUGUAAAUAAUAAAUGCUGAUUAGCUUACUUAGCAAAACUGUGGCAAAACAAGUUUUGAUAUAGUGACGUCGUCAUCAUUCUUUGUUGUUUACAUACAUAAGUUUGUUUACAUUAAAAAACGAUAUAUAUGUCAGCAAACGAUAUCGUAAACAAAAGUAAUUUUUUAAUAUCAAAGAACGAAGAGUGAACAUGGUGGGUGCGAAAGUGUUAGUAUUGCUUGUGGUGUGUUUCGCUGUUGUGGAAAUUGAAGGGUUUAGAAGACGCCAGUGCAGAAAUGAUUGCAAAUCUGUGAGAUGCGCUCAGCCUAAAAAUUGCAAAGGCUCAAUUAUUAAAGAUCGUUGCGGGUGCUGCAAGUACUGUGCAAAAGUUGAAGGCGAGCGAUGUAAUCCAUUUACCGCCAGGUGUGACAAAGGUUUACAAUGUCGAAGUCGAGUCUGUAGAAAACCGUGUCCUCGCAAAAGAUGCAAGCCGUGUCAGAAUGGCUACCUGCGAGAUAAGACUGGAUGUCGCACAUGUAAAUGUAGACCCAACACAUGUGUUGCUGUUAAAUGUCCACCAUGUAUCCAUGGUUACCUUAAAGACAAGAAUGGUUGUAAAACAUGCAAAUGUCGACCAAAAGUUUGUCCAUUAAAAGGUUGUAUAAGACGUUGUUCAAAUGGCUAUCUUACAGAUCGAAAUGGAUGCAAUACGUGCAUUUGUAAAGGAAAUGAAUGUCCUCAAGUAUUGUGUAGACGACAUUGCAAAUAUGGAUUUGCUGAAAAUGCUCAAGGCUGCCAGACCUGCACUUGCUUACCAAGAGUAUGUCCUCGAAUACAGUGCAAGCCAUGCCGUUAUGGUUACAUGAAAGAUAGUAAAGGUUGCCAAACUUGUCAAUGUAGACCACGAGUUUGUCCUUUGAGACGUUGUUUGCGACCUUGUCCAAAUGGUUAUGUAACAGAUCGGAAUGGCUGCAAUACGUGCAUUUGCAAACGAAAUGAAUGUCCUCAAGUAUUGUGUAAACGACAUUGCAGAUAUGGAUUUGCUAAAAAUGCUCAAGGUUGCCAGACGUGCACUUGCUUACCAAGAGCAUGUCCUUUGCUCAAGUGCAAACCAUGUCGUUAUGGUUACAUGAAAGAUAGUAAUGGUUGCCAAACUUGUCAAUGUAGACCACGAGGAGUUUGUCCUUUGAGACGUUGUUUGCGACCUUGUCCAAAUGGCUAUCUGACAGAUCGAAAUGGAUGCAAUACGUGCAUUUGUAAAAGGAAAGCAUGUCCUUUACUCAAGUGCAAACCUUGUCUUCUUGGCUACAUGAACGAUAGAAAUGGCUGUCAAACUUGUCAAUGUAGACUACGACGUUGCCCAACCCCAUUGUGCAGAUACAGAUGUCCUAUGGGAUAUGCAAAAACUGAAGACGGAUGUCCAACAUGCUCUUGUCUUAGACACUGACAGGUUAUUCUUCCCUUAACUGCAGGUUACAGAAGAAAGAAAUGACGUGGAAAUAAAAAUGAUUUUGUAACAAGUUGUAAUUUUUUUACUGCAAGUGCAAUGCCUUUUGAACCAUUUUGAGCAUAAUGAACACAUUUCAUGAAGUAAUGCUUGGGACUAACUGAUCCAAAAUUACUAUUUAAUUUCAAGUGCUUGCUCGAGGAAUAAUAUUUUAAGAACGAUACUGCAAUGGCAACACCCAGUUGGUCAUUGUACCUACUGAAUUCUUUAUUAAACAACAAAUUGAUAGUGGGAGUGGUUACAUGUGCGCAUAUAGCUCUGCUCGACUUCUAACAUCCUUGCCUAUUUUAUAAAGGCCUUUAACGGUUAUCCUCUGUGUAUAUAGCUACCAAGUUAUUUGCUGAAGAAUCAAUUAUCUACAAAUUUUAUUUUUCUUGUAUUGUCAAUAAUUCUGCUGCAAACCUUUUCCUCCUUAGACUUUAUUUACUCCUGAAAGCUAAUUAGUCUCCACUAAAAAUCCAUUCAGCAAAUUCCGGAAAUAUCUAGUCAUCCGCAAAAAUAUAUUCCCCAAAGAUUUCCUUGGCAAGUAAUUUGCAUCCUAGACAUAUAGCUACCGUAAUGGAUCGCUUAACAACACAUUUGUACAUUAUGAUAAUGAUGAUAAUAAUUAUAAACCUAUCUAUA